GUGCGUUUUCUUCACUCCAUGUAGCUCUUUGUUAUUUUUUCCGAUGCUUGAUUUUGUUGUGGAUUGUUUUCUGCGAUUUUUUUGAGCCAAAUAUUUUGAUCACCUCUUCGAAAAUUUGAUGAUACUCGUAUGGAUUUUUUUGUAUGUUGUUGAAUUUGUCCUCAAAAUUGAGCUGGUGCGUCGUACGGAUGAGCUCUUGAGCUCGCUGAUUUCGUUGUUAAUCUAAUCUGGUCUUGAAUAGAUGACCUGCAGAGUCAAUUAUGGAAGUGAGCUCUUCUGAGUUGAAGUCUCAUGGGGAAAUGGGAAGUGAUGCCAUGUCAAACUUGAGCGUUAAACUUACACAGCUGAAAAGGCAAAUUCACUCGGAAAGAGUCGUUUCAGUUGGAGAAAAACUUGAGAGAAAUAGAAAGAAGGCUGGAGCUUAUCUUUCUCACCUCAAAGAAUUGGCUGCAUCAAGGAGUGAUUGUGCUGUCCCAGGGAGUAAUAGUGAUUCAGCCAAUCUCCUUUCCCUGAGAAUGAACUAUCCUCUCUGCAAAAUUCAGGGGCUUAUGCAAGGAUCUGUGAACCGAGAUGAUGCUGAUAGUCAAGAAGUUACGUUCUCUACAACUGCCAGACUUCCGCUUAUUGAGAGAAUACCUUCCUAUACUACUUGGAUAUUCUUAGAUAGAAACCAGAGAAUGGCUGAUGAUCAGUCGGUUGUGGGGCGUAGACGGAUUUACUAUGAUUCACAUGGUAAUGAGGCUCUCAUUUGUAGUGACAGUGAAGAAGAGCUUGUACAAGUGGAGAAGGAGAAACGUGAAUUUUCUGAGGGAGAAGAUCGUGUGAUGAGGGUGGCUGUCCAGGAGUUUGGGGCUGCUAAUGAAGUUUUUGAUACGUUGACCCACUUUGUUGGAGGAACGUCUCAGGAAAUCCAAGAACAUUGCGAAAUUCUCAUGGAAAAAGAUCCAUCUGUAGAAAAUAAGAUCUCUAAAAAUGCAUACUCUAAAGAUUUGCCGAAGAAUUCAUGUAUAGAUUCCGUGGAUGAGCAUAAAGCAUCUGACAAGGAAGCACAUUUUAUGGAAAGCAAAGGAAGGCCUGUAAUACGUGAACCUACAGAUUCGUUAGCUGUACCAACUAAAUUGGUUCGUGACAACUUUCAAAGUUCUGCCAAUAAGAAACUAGAGCUGGAUGACAUGAAUCGGCUGGAUAAUAGUGCAACUUUAGAGGUCAGGGAUUAUGUCCAAGAUAAAGGGGAAGAUAUCUCUGGAUUCCCUUCGAAGCAGGCAUCCGAAUCCAUUGGAAAAUCAGUUAAAUUAGUGCAUGGAUGGAAACCUUUUGAAAGAGACUUGUACUUGAAGGGAUUAGAGAUAUUUGGAAGAAAUAGUCAGGUUUGCGAUAGAAGUAGAACAAUGGGGGCAGUGAUCAACUGCUAUAUAGCUAGGAAUUUACUUCCUGGUCUUAAAACUUGCAAGGAAGUGUCCACUUUUAUGUAUGGUGAUGGAGCUGUGAUGUCUCGUGAAUCCUCGGCUAUGCUCUCAUACUUUGAAGAUGUUUGGAAUGCUCACAUGGAUCAUAUGGAGCUAGAUUUUCCUGUCAAGUCGAGAAUAUGCCGUAAAAGGGGCAGAGCGCGUAAGGUUAAAUCUUCGUGGAAGUCUGCUGGGCAUCCAUCCCUGUGGAGAAGGACUGCAGAUGGUGAAGAUCUUCCUUGUAAGCUAUAUGCUCCAUGUGGGUGCCAGCCUCUAUUUGGAAAGGACUGCCCUUGUCUACAAAUAGGAAGUUGCUGCGAAAAAUACUGCGGCCUAUUUUCAGUUGCUCAAAGAGCUGCAAGAAUCGGUUCAGAGGAUGCCAUUGUGCUAAAAGCCAAUGCAAAAGCCGGCAAUGCCCUUGUUUUGCAGCUGGCCGUGAAUGCGACCCUGAUGUUUGCCGAAAUUGUUGGCUGUGGCGAUGGAUCAUUAGGAGAGCCACCAAGAAGAGGAGACAGUCAAUGUGGUAACAUGAAGCUUCUUCUCAGACGACAGCAAAGGAUUCUCUUGGCAAAGUCAGAUGUUGCUGGUUGGGGAGCAUUUCUUAAGUAUGUCCUUGAUGCGUACCGCAAAGGAGACGAGCUGAAAUUCGCAAACCACUCAUCAAUUCCAAACUGUUACGCAAAGGAUUCUUAUUACAGGUUAUGUUGGUGGCUGGUGAUCACCUUGUCGGCAUAUAGUAUCGAAUCUGGUGAGGAGCUUUUCUAUGACUACCGUUAUGGUCCCGACCAAGCGCCCUCGUGGGCCCGCAAGCCCAGAGAGAGACGAUCAACCUUUGUCCCAAGGCCGAGCGAAAAAGCACCAAUCAGGUUGAGCACCACACUGCCUUGA